AUAAUUUUUAAAGAUCAUCGGCACGGUAUAGGCAGCGAGGCAAGUGAGAGAGAGAGGAGCGGGGGAAAUGGAGGGUUCAAUUUCCUCGUCCAGCACAGUUGCAGUUGCUUCUCCUUCUGCCCUUGAUCGCAAUCUCAAAUCUUUGUUAUCUUCAGAUGAAAGAGACUUCCUCAUAACUCCAACUGGAACCCAGGUUAAAGUAGAAGAGCUACAUGGAAUGACAGUGGGGCUAUAUUUUGCUGCAAAUUGGUACUUUCAGUGCCAAAAUUUCACACCUGUCUUGGCUUCUGUUUAUGAGCAAUUGAAGCAACGUGAUGCCAAUUUUGAGAUUGUUUUUAUAUCCUGUGAUGAGGAUCAGAGCUCAUUCGAUAAGUACCACGCUACCAUGCCUUGGCUUGCAAUCCCCUUCUCAGAUCUCAAGACCAAGAAGAGUCUCAAUGACAUGUUUCAAGUGGAGGGCAUCCCCUGUCUUAUCAUUCUUGAUCAACAUGCCCACACCGUUCAGACUGAAGCCGUGGAGCUCAUCUAUCGAUAUGGUGUUUGGGCCUUCCCCUUUACUAAAGAGAGAGUAGUUGAAUUGGAGUCGGAGGAGAAGGCCAAGCAUGAGUCCCAAACCCUCGAAAAUCUCAUCUCCAUUGAUGGUAGGGACUUUGUGAUCGGACAUGAUAACGAACAGGUACCCAUCUCUUCUUUGGUUGGGAAGACUGUGGGUUUAUACUUCUCAGCUCAGUGGUGCCCCCCUUGCGUCAAGUUCACCCCUAGGUUGGUUUCCAUCUAUGACACACACAAACAAAACAAUGAAGACUUUGAGAUAGUCUUUGUCUCAUGUGACAGAGACGAAGCUGGCUUCCUCGAGUGCUUCAAGCCAAUGCCAUGGCUUGCCCUGCCAUUUGGGGACGAGAGGAUCAAGGGGCUCUCGAGGUACUUCAACAUUCAAGGCAUUCCAGCCCUUGUUAUAAUUGGGCCAAACGGGAAGACAGUGACACGUGAAGGGAGAAACCUCAUCAACUUACACAUGGAGAAAGCAUACCCAUUUACUCAAGACCAUAUUCUCUUUCUCCAAAAGGAGAUGGAUGAGGAGGCGAAAAGUUUUCCAAGGUCUUCACACCACAGUGGCCACCACCACAUGCUCAACCUUGUUUCGGCGGCCUCAGGGGGUGGGCCCUUUAUAUGUUGUGAGUGCGAUGAGCAGGGCUCUGGAUGGGCCUACCAAUGCAUCGAUUGUGGCUAUGAAGUUCACCCAAAGUGUAUUAGAGAAGCAGGUAAAGAGAGCAGCAGCCCUAAGAAUAAAGACAGAGUGCGUGAUGAUCCCUUCUGCACUUGCAGUAGUGGGGGUGCUUAAGAGUGAGUUUUAGUUGCCGGUGUUUGGGUCUUUUUCUUCAUAUUGGGGAAGGACCUAUCGUAUUCACAAUCAAAAUCACAAUCACAGUUAAAAUUGCUUGUAUAGGAUAGUAGAUGCAUAUGAUAGUGUGAUCUUUUGUGACUAAAGGAAGUGUAUGGGGACUGCUCCAUUGCUAAACUUAGUUGGCAUGGAUGGACAGAUAGCUAACCUAGGUCUUAAAUUGCCUUAUGUAUGCUGUACAUCUAAUUUUAUGGUUCAAACGAUCCUUUGGAAGGACAAUUGUUCCUUUGAGGACGUUUCUCGUUCUUAUUCUAUGCCUUCGGAAACCAUGCCCACAUUUUAACUUUUGGCCUCUGCCUUCGAUUGUAAUUUUAUGUUUCUGGCCUCUUCUCAUGGGGCUCUUAUAUUGAUGAUGAGUGGCAUCUGUAUUAUUUGUUCUC